UUAGGGCAAAGGGAACGGGAGCGAUUCCCGAGCUGUUGUUGAAUGUGCACAGCGAGGUUCAAUAAAACAUCAAGUCUCCGUUUCACCGUCUGUCUCUGCAUUGCCACUGUUUCUUGUCUCACUAAGUUGAAUCAGUCCAGUGAUAAUGGAUAAUCAAGUGUUUGAGUCCACUGCGGAGCGGACAUUUCAGUAUCAGAGCAGCCUCCCUCCACUACCUGUGCCCGAUCUACACGACUCACUGAAUAAAUAUCUGAAUGCAGUAAAACCUUUUGCAUCUGAGGAGGAGUUUCAAGCCACAGUGGCCACUGUGAAACGCUUUAAGGAGGGCAUCGGACAACAGCUACACCAGAAGCUUCUGAAGAGAGCCAAGAGCAGGUGCAACUGGCUUGAGGACUGGUGGCUGGACACAGCCUAUCUAGAAGCACGCUUCCCCUCCCAGCUAAAUGUGAAUAUUGGAGGACCUACAGCUUACGUGGAGCACUGCUGGCCUGUACGUGAUGGCACACAGCUAGAGAGGACCAGCUUGAAUUUGUGGUACAAUCUCCAGUACUGGGACCUCGUCCGCACGGAGAGGCUAGCGGUUCAUAAAGCAGGAACGAUGCCCUUUGACAUGGAUCAGUUCCGCAAUCUCUUCUGCACCUGCAAAGUGCCUGGCAUCAAUAAAGACACCAUUCUCAACUUCUUCAAAACAGAAAGCGAAGGACCCUGCCCUUCUCACAUGAUAGUGAUGUGUCGUGGAAGGGUCUUCACAUUUGAUGCUCUCUGUGAUGGCCGUAUCCUCACUCCCCCAGAGCUGUUGAGGCAGCUCACUUACAUUAAAGAUUGCUGUGAUGGAGAGCCGGAGGGGGAUGGAGUGAGCGCGCUCACCACUGAGGAAAGAACACGCUGGGCAAAGGCUCGGGAAUAUCUGAUCUCCAUUGAUCCUGUGAAUAAGACCAUACUAGAGACCAUUCAGAGCUCGUUAUUUGUGCUUGCCCUGGACGAUGCUAAGCCCUAUUCCUCCCCUGAAAACUACACAGAGUUGGCCCAGUUGUCAUUAACUGGCAACCCCACGAUCCGCUGGGGUGAUAAAUCCUACAAUCUGAUCUGCUACUCUAAUGGGACCUUCGCUUCUAACUGUGAUCAUGCGCCGUUUGAUGGCAUGGUUUUGGUAUCUAAUGGAUACUACACAGAUCAAAAACUGAGGGCCUGUGGUGGAGUGUGGAAGGGUUCAGAGGUCGUGCGUGAGAUGCCUGUUCCGGAGGAGCUGAUAUUCACUGUAGAUGAACGGGUGAGGAGAGAUAUCGCCCUGGCUAAAGAACAGUACUACAAAAGUUGCCAGGACCUGCAGGUUGUCUGCUACGCCUUCACCUCCUUUGGGAAAGCAGCCAUUAAGAAGAGAAAGCUUCACCCUGACACAUUUGUUCAGCUGGCGCUGCAGUUAGCAUACUACAGGCUACACGGAAAGCCUGGUAGUUGUUAUGAGACGGCCACCACACGCCGCUUCUUUCAUGGCCGCACAGAGACCAUGAGGCCCUGCACUGUGGAGGCCCAGCAGUGGUGCAGAACUAUGAUGAACCCUACAGCCACUACUGAAGAGAAAAGACAAGCUUUGAAUGCAGCCUUCAGCAAACAUAACAAACUGAUGGCAGAGGCGCAAGAUGGAAAAGGCUUUGACAGGCACCUCCUGGGCUUGUACCUGAUUGCCAAGGAGGAGGGUCUUCCUGUGCCUGAACUCUACACAGACCCGCUCUACUCUAAGAGUGGAGGAGGGGGGACUUUUGUGCUUUCCACUAGUCUGGUGGGCUACACAACUGUACUGGGAGCAGUUGCACCCAUGGUGCCGCACGGAUAUGGGUUUUUCUAUCGCAUUCGCGAUGACAGAAUUGUUGUGUCCUGCACCGCUUGGAAGUCCAACCCAGAGACAGAUGCCGAAACCCUGUUUCAGAGCCUUUGCACCUCUUUCCAUGACAUAAUGCACGUCACUACCCAGUCCCAGCUGUAAAGCAGAGCAUUGUGGGAAGUAUAGUCUAACCUCACUGCUUUAGUUACGCCAAUUGACAGGAGCAAAAGGACUGAUGUCAUAGACAUGACCUUGUGAGUUUAAAACUCUUCAUAUGCUCCCAUAUCUAGAAUGUAUAGAGUAGAUACAUUAAAAUGACAUUAAAAUGUUGAUUUUCAGAACUAAUCUGAAUUUAGAUCAGCAGGUGCUUUAAACUCUCAUGUGCCUUCAGGUAGUCAUCUCUGAAUCACUUCAAUCAGGAAAUCCUCCUCUGAGGUGCUGCAUGAUUUUCAACCUAGCGUUUUUGCUACAUUAGCAGUAUUGCUUCCUGUUAACAGUAGACCUGUGAAACUGUAUGAUGUCACAGGAUGUUAAUGCAUCUUAACUCCACUAGGGAGAGACAUUAACAAAAUGAUUUUAAGAUGAACUUUGUGCGCUAGUGACUCAUAAGCAAUAAACAACAGUCAAGGACCUGUUCUUCACCUCAUACACACAUUCAGAAUAUACCGUUAAUGCACAAAUCAAUGCAACAGUGCAAGUAUAAUGCAGAUACAUAAUUCCUCUUUUUGUUAAUUUGAAGAUUUUCUUAAUCAUGUGGAUUUCAAAAUUCCAGGCUUAAUGCACUUGUUUUGCACUUAUAGGAUACAAAUGAAUGUUUUUAUAUUGUAGAUAUACCUGAUUGUGUAAAAUAUUUAUAUGUUUGUUAUUAAUUGUAGGUUUAAUUUGCACUGCUAUUCUAGUUAUUGGGAAACACUGAAUAAAUGUUUUUGAAAAUGUAAUUUGUUCCUUAAACCUUUUCCACCUGUUAUUUUGAAUCGCAAAUUUUGUCAUGCAUGCUUGUGAGUUUAAUUGUGAUUUGCCCACAAAUUAACCAAAAAUACAAAUUAUGCCGUUACCUGCAAAAGAUAUUGUAAACAUUGCCACUGAGUAUUCAUACUGUUUCAGAAAUCUGUGUAUUUGUGUAGGAAUUUUAGUUGCCCAUCUUUUUUUUUUUUUUUUUUUUUUUUUUUUUUUUUUUUUUUUUCGCUUAUGGCCUCAAACAUGCCUGAUGUUUUCAGUUAUUAAAGGAGAGGUCCACUUUCAAAACAAAAAUUCACAUAUAAUAUAUUCACCCCAUUGUCAUCCAAGAUGUUCAUGUCUUUCUUCAGUCGUAAAGCCACAUUUAAAUUGCAUUUUGGAAGUUUAAAAUUGGGGCAUCAUAUCAGUUCAUUAUAUGAAGAAAAAUGCUGAAAUGUUUUCCUCAAAAAAUAUAAUUUCUUUACGAAUGAAGAAAGAAAGACAUGAACAUCUUGGAUGAUAAUGGGGUGAGUACAUUAUAUGUGAAUCUUUGUUUUGGAAGUGGACUUCUCCUUUUACAGCUUUACGAUUACAGCUCUCAAAUCUUAAUGCUUGUUUAAUGCAAAGUUGAAGUAAGUGGAAAUAAUCAGCAAUUUAGACUUGAAGUGUCAGUGUGAAAACACAGCUGUGAACUUUGUUUUUACAUUUGUAUAAAUCCAGCAAAUCUUUAAACCAGUGUCUUGGUGAAAUAUUUUCAUUUUAUAAGACAAAUGUGAAAUAUUAAAUCUAUAUCAACAUCUAGAUAUGGCAUCCUUUCAGUGUGACAGUAAACAAGCUAUAAAUGUGAUUUAGGUUUCUAAACAUAACUGACUUUUACUGUGAAUAAAUCAACCAACCGUUUUUGUUUUUUUCUUUGUGACCUCUUUUGUUGAAUUCUUAACUAAUGGUGAAAUGACACUUUGCUCUCACGAUCAUGUUGUCUACGUUUUCGUACAAUCAGUUGCAAGCUCACAUUCAAAUCUGCCUCCAGUCAGCAAAUGAUGAAUAAAACAGUGUCUGUCCUACAUUUCAUAGAAAACGGCACAUUAUAUUGUCUUUAAGUGUGAUUUAUAAGUGCAAAAAAUAAAAAUUAAACAUUUUAAA